GCUCGGGGCGAGGCGGCCGGGCCAGGGAGCCGCUCGGCUGCUGCGUGGUGGCGGUGCCCGGCCGCCUCCCGCGCCCGCCGCCGCCUCGGCUUGGAGGUCCGGCGCCCCGCGGGCCGGGGAGACCGCUGCGCGCGAUGCUGCUGUCCAAGUUCGGCUCGCUGGCGCACCUGUGCGGGCCCGGCGGCGCGGACCACCUCCCGGCAAAACUCCUACAGCCAGCCAAGGCGGACAGAGAAAGCUUUGAGAAGGCCUACCAGGUGGGCGCCGUACUGGGCAGCGGCGGCUUCGGCACGGUCUAUGCGGGCAGCCGCCUCGCCGACGGGCUUCCGGUGGCUGUGAAGCACGUGGUGAAGGAGCGGGUGACCGAGUGGGGCAGCCUCGGUGGCGUGGCCGUACCCCUUGAGGUGGUGCUGCUGCGCAAAGUGGGCGCGGCGGGAGGCGCGCGCGGCGUCAUCCGCCUGCUGGACUGGUUCGAGCGGCCCGACGGCUUCCUGCUGGUGCUGGAGCGUCCCGAGCCGGCGCAGGACCUGUUCGACUUCAUCACUGAGCGCGGCGCCCUGGACGAGCCGCUGGCGCGCCGCUUCUUCGCGCAGGUGCUGGCCGCCGUGCGCCACUGCCACGGCUGCGGGGUCGUGCACCGCGACAUCAAGGACGAGAACCUUCUGGUGGAUCUGCGAUCGGGCGAGCUCAAGCUCAUUGACUUCGGCUCCGGCGCGCUGCUCAAAGACACCGUCUACACCGACUUCGACGGCACCCGGGUGUACAGCCCUCCGGAGUGGAUCCGGUACCACCGCUACCACGGGCGUUCCGCCACUGUGUGGUCUCUGGGCGUGCUGCUCUAUGACAUGGUGUGUGGAGACAUCCCCUUUGAACAGGACGAGGAAAUUCUCCGUGGCCACCUGUUCUUCCGGAGGAGAGUCUCUCCAGAGUGUCAGCAGCUCAUCCAGUGGUGUCUGUCCCUGCGGCCCUCGGAACGGCCCUCUCUGGAUCAGAUUGCUGCUCACCCCUGGAUGCUGGGAGCCGACGGGGAUGCCCCAGUGAGCUGUGACCUGCGUCUAUGUGCCCUGGACCCAGAUGAUGGGGCCAGCACCACAUCCAGCAGCGAGAGCUUGUGAGGAGGGACCUGGAUGCUGGCAUUGGGGCUGCCCCUUGCUCACAGGAGCCAAGGGACCAUCUGCCUGAGCCAGCCCCUGAUACCCCAGAACACUGGCAUUCUCCUGCUGGGCUGUUUCUUCCUAAGAAGCAGUGAUCUGUGACCCCGGCGACCUUUGCUUUGAGUGCCUUUUGAACGCUGGUCCCACAGGACCCGGUUUUCUCAAGCUCUGUCUGUCCAAAGACGGCUUCAGUUAAAGUAAGGUCCUGCAUGCUCUGGGUGGACACUUGAGCCUGAGAUAUUCCUUUCUCUGUGCUGCUCUGUCCAGCGAACGUGUCUGACCGGAAGCAUUCUUACUGUUGGGCAUGGGGGUCCCAUGCCCACCUUGAGUCUAGGAGUGGUGCAGUGUUUGUCCAGGUGUGUCCCAUGCACAAGCAAUGCAACUGCGGGCCUUUGCCACCCGCCUACCCCGCACCCCCCCACGCAAGCUGUGUCUGCGCGUGCCAACGUCUGUUAUUUAUGGUGUGACCCCGUGGAGGGCGCCCCUGGCCCUCUGUGGCUAUUUAUUGUUUAAUUUAUUAUAUUUGUUUAGGUUAUUUUCUCUGAGCAGCCGGCCUCCUCCAGGCCCCUGGGGGUGGCAGGGAGGGGAAGGGCAACCGUGGUCUGGGGAUCCUGGGUCCUGACUCUUGCACCUGGUGUAGGUCCCUAGCCCCACCUGUGUCUGUCAGAAGACGAUUGUACAGUGGCUAAUUUAAGGGGAGCGGGUGACCCUGCUACCUGGAGGCACUCUGCUCCUGGGGCAGGUUUUAAAUUAUUAACUUUGUACAGUGUGCUUGUUGGCUCUGAAAGAUGGGGGUGGGGGGCAGAGUCUCAAGCCUUUAAUUUAUUUUAGCAACUGUGUUUAUGUGGUCUCGGUAUGUGUAGGCAUUGAGGAUGGGGGUUUUUUUCAGUUCAAAAGUGUGAGAUGUCUGGAGAUCCUAUUUUUUAUACAGGUAUUUCAAUUAAAUUUUUUGUACAUAGUGGAUGUCUUAUGUUUGUUUGGGUGAGAGAGGAAGAGGUUGGGGCUUCCCCUGGAUUAUUUCAGGCUUCUAGCGGGGGACAGCUUUGCCCACUGGGGUGUGUGGAGGGCACAUCCUCUCCCAGCAUGGUUCUAACUCUGGUGCCAGAGGGGUCCUGGAUGAGGCUUGUGACUCUUCUCUGCAUCCAGGAAAGCGGGGUCUCUAGAAGUGGAGGCAGGGAGCCAGGUUGUGAGGGGCUGCAUCACCCCACCAUCUUGAGCCAUGCCUGGCUUGGCCCCAAGAGGACUUGCUGCCUCUGCUCUCAGAAGCCACAUGUAUGCUCUUCUUAGGCUGCUCAGGUGUGUAUAAUGGGAGGCCACACUGCCUCAGGAGGCUAGUAUAGGUUCUGAAGGGUAGGUGGGAGCGUGCCCUAGGUGGUGCAGAUGGCAUGGGGGGCGCCCAUGAGCUAAGUGUUGAAAUGGGUGGAGCUCUGGCAUAUGGGGCAGGUGAAGGAGGCCUGGGUGGAGGGUCUCUCAGGUGGCCUGCUCCUUAGCUCUCCACCUACAUCCCAGGGACUGUCUUCUCAGCACUCUAUGAGGAGCAUUGACCACCCCUGCCCCCACCUGCUAAAGAGCCUCUGCUGGCAGCAGCACUGGGACCUCUGGGCUAGAGCAGAAGCAGGAAGUUUUAGUGUAGCAGGAGGGCAGGCAGAGAGGCUGAGGGCCUUCAGCUUGUCUUUCUUGUGGAACCACUGCUGAGGCCCAUCUGGGAGGAUGGGAGGGGAUGGCCUUCUUCCACUCUCAGCCUCAGCUGGACAGUGGUGAUGUGGGGCAGGCAGAGGAGGACGGCCCAGCUUGCACCAAGUGUACCAGGCCCAGGGGGUCUUUCUGUGAUGUUCACCUCC